AUUUAAAUUGGGAUUACUUGGGAGUUAAAAUGUGAUGUGAGGAAGUGAGAAAGAAUAGUGAGUCAAACUCCGGGAUGUGGUCCGAUCAGUCCGCCUCUUUUUGUUAUUAGCUCCCCUUCAGUCACUCACUCUCGCCGCCGACGCCAUCUUCUUCCCAUCUUGAGAGAGAGCUAAGCUGAGCUAAGGUCUCUGUUCAUACCUGUGAACCAGAUCGCGAAGAGGAUCUUUCCAGGUACUUUUCUCCCAAGGAUUUCCCCUGAGAAAGGCUGGGAGCAAUUUAAAACAUGCUCAAGCUCAUCAUUCCGAGAGACGUCUCGACCGUCUCUAGGUCAUUUCUUGCUCGAGCAUUCGAUCGGAAACUCUCGAUCCCGGCAACGCAGAGGAAGCUGGAAGGGAAGGUGGCGCUGAUCACGGGGGCAGCCAGUGGCAUUGGGAAAGAAACCGCAGCAAAUCUCAUCGCCCACGGCGCCAAAGUGGUGAUUGCCGAUAUCCAAGAGCAGGCCGGGAGGGACGCCGCCGCGGAGCUCGGCGAAAACGCCGCCUUCGUGGCAUGCGACGUCUCCGACGAGUCGCACGUCUCCUCCGCCGUGGACCUCGCGGUGUCCCUCCACGGCCGCCUCGACAUCAUGUACAACAAUGCCGGCAUUCCGUGCCGGACCCCACUCAGCGUGGUUGACCUCGACAUGGCAGACUUUGACCGAGUGAUGUCGGUCAACGCCCGCGGCGUGGUGGCGGGGAUCAAGCACGCCGCCCGCGUCAUGAUCCCCCGCCGCUCCGGGUGCAUACUCUGCACCGGGAGCGUGACGGGUGUGAUGGGCGGGCUGGCCCAGCACACCUACAGCAUCUCGAAGUCCGCGGUGAUCGGAAUCGUGAGAUCCGCCACGGCCGAGCUCUGCAAGCACGGGAUUAGGAUCAACUGCAUUUCCCCUUUUGCCCUUCCGACGGCCUUCUCCCUCCCGGAAAUGAAGGAAUACUUUCCGGGCGCCGACGAUGGGGUCCUCGCCGGAAUGCUGCACGAGUCCGGGGCGCUGGAGGGGGCUCGCUGUGAGCCCGGCGACGUCGCGAAAGCCGCCGUUUUUCUGGCCUCAGACGAUGCCAAGUACAUCAGCGGACAGAAUCUGGUGGUGGACGGCGGGUUUACAUCAAUCAAGAGUUUGAAUCUUCGGAUGCCGGAUCAAAUUUAAGUUGAUGGGGAAAUCAUGAUUUCUGGGAAUUUUAGUGCUUAAAAGAGAAUAUUGGAGUAAUACUACACAAUUGGUCACAUUUGGGAGUAUUA